CAAUUUGCCGAGGAAAACUUUUGCCCACCGAACAAUAAACAAUCAAGUUGGCUUCAAUGGCGACGACUGGCAACUUUUUAAUCAAGUUGAUGCAAAGGAUGCAAAUGCAGGAUACCAGGAUACCAGGAUAGCUGGAUAGCUGGAUAGCAGUUUGGUUUAUAUGGCCACCUAAUUGGCCGGCGUUAAUAAUAUGUGCUUGUUACCGACUGUUAAAUUGCAGAGCAGCUGACGCCAGUGAUUCAAUUUGUCAGCUGCUUGUUGUUGGACGUCCUGCGAAGGAUGGGCAGCGUUGCCGCACUACCCUCGAAUGAUGUGACUUUUAGUGCCGAGCUUAAUUAAAAACCCUGUUGGUGUAAUCGCCGGCGUCUUGUCGCUGCUCGCUUCUCCUUGUAGCUAGCAAGUAGUAGUUGCAAAGUUCGAUUUUUGUCGUCUGAGUUUGAGUCUGAGUCUGCGUCUGCGGUCGUUUGCCCCAAAGUGCAAAGCGUUGUCCUGUGGAAAAAUCCAGCCAAAAGGAUGAGCUGAGCCACGCGACACAUGGCUUCCAUCUCGACCCCCAACCACUCCCAUUCCCGCCCAGACCUGCUCCUAAUUGAGUUGUACAAGACGACUACUAAUUGCAUUCGAUGCCUGCCGCUCGGCGUUGAUAUAAUUAAAUUUUAUUGGCCACGAUGGUGGAGCUUAAGGUGUUUUUCCGGUCAGAUUUAUCGCCGUGGAUUUUAAUUAAAAUUUAAUCGCGGUGGCGCCCCACUCCGCUUUACCUGUCAAGUUAACUUUUUUUGGCAAGGGAAGCUAAACAAAUUUUUAGUUUAACAUAAAAUACAGCAAUAAAACAUCAGAAAAACAUAAAAUACAGAAACACUUUUACACGCCAAACGCAACGUUUACAUGCGAAGACUAGAAAACAAAGAAAAACAAACAGAAUGGUACAGCAGAUCCUCCUUGCAGAGAACAGAGAGCCGAAUAGCGACUCCUCCAAGGAGGUCCCAACGUCUUACAAACCAGAUGAAGAUGGGCAGCCGGAUCUGUGCGCUUUCUGCCUGGACCACAUCCAGGAGCCGGAGAAGCUGCACUGCAACCAUUCCUUCUGCAAAUCUUGUUUAGAGUUGUACAGAGAAGCCCGCAGCUGGGUGGCCAACCGCUGUCCCAUCUGCCGACGCAGUCUGGACGGGAAUGCUUCCAAGCAGUUAAACUCGUGUGAUCUCUUCCAGGACUGGCGUCUUUUCAGUUUCAUGAUGGUUCUGCUGACGCUGCUCAGCGUGGGCCCGUUUUAUUUGCUGCUCCUCUACUGGUGAACUUCUUGGCCGCCGGGGGCAGCAUCUUACUUGGUUUCCCAAAAAAAUCUGUAUAUUUGUACUUAGAUAGACGCACGAGAGAGAUAUAUGCAAACUUGUCAGUGGAUUUUAAUUAAACCUUGAAAGCCAUAAAAUGCCAGUGGAAUGUGGAAGUGCUUUGUUCUGGCUUUUGUCCUUUGUCCCUUUGACCGCCACCUUAAUGAGUUUUUAGCCAGCGAGAUAGAUAAGGGUUUUCUUAGAAGGCCGCUUGAAUGGAAAAGUCAAGUUGCUGGUAGCAGAACUGCACAUACGCCCCAUGGUCCCCCCAAAAUGCUUCCCAUUGUGGCCGCGUUUUAAUUCAAUUUUAUGCGCCAAUAAACU